CCCCCCAAAGCAAAACAGGCAAACGCCUUCAUCUCUCUCUCUCUCUCUGCCUUCUGAGAAAGUUGGAGCGAAGAAGGAAGGGCGGGCAUGGUGACACCUGGUGAUUCUGGUGUUUCUGAUGGUUGUUGAAGAGUGUUGAAAUUUACUAACAAUAAGUGUUGUUCAUCUUCAUCAAUAAGUCUGGCAGGAUUAAGGAGAAUCUCUGUGCCACUCAGGCUUAGAAGGAAAACCAGGAAAAAGAAGAUCCCUAAAGUCAAAGAUAAGUUAAUGGAUUUCUGGCACAAGAUGAUUUUCCCUGUCCGGCGUGUCUGGCUUGCUCUCUCUUCUCGCCUCAAGACUCGCAGAAACGGGGAUGGGCUGCUGAAGCUUCAAGAUGAUAUACAGACAUGUGGGUAUCAAGAUGUACAAGUGAUGUGGGAAAUGCUUAGAAGAACAGAACCUGAGGCUGUGGACAGCCAUCAGAAACGGAAACAACAGCCAUUCUGGGGAAUCUUUGUUUGGCCUUCUAAUUCUAACCACAGUGAUGCAUCCUUGGAAUCUUCCAAGUCUUCGUAGUUGUUAAGGCGAAGCAGACUU